GCGGAGGUGGCAAGAUGGCCGCGGCUGAGGAGGAUGGUGGUGUUGGGGCUGAAGCCGACCGGGAAUUGGAAGAGCUUCUGGAAAGUGCUCUUGAUGAUUUCGAUAAGGCCAAACCCUCUCCAGCACCCCCUCCUACCACCACGGCCCCUGAUGCUUCGGGGUCCCAGAAGAGAUCGCCGGGAGACACUGCCAAAGAUGCCCUCUUCGCCUCCCAAGAGAAGUUUUUCCAGGAACUGUUUGACAGCGAGCUGGCUUCCCAAGCCACUGCAGAGUUUGAGAAAGCAAUGAAGGAGUUGGCUGAGGAAGAGCCCCACCUGGUAGAGCAGUUCCAAAAGCUCUCAGAGGCUGCUGGGAGAGUAGGCAGUGAUGCGACUUCCCAACAAGAAUUCACUUCUUGCCUAAAGGAGACAUUAAGUGGACUAGCCAAGAAUGCCACUGACCUUCAGAACUCUGGCAUGUCAGAAGAGGAGCUGACCAAGGCCAUGGAAGGCCUGGGCAUGGACGAAGGAGACGGGGAAGGGACCAUCCUCCCCAUCAUGCAGAGUAUCAUGCAGAACCUCCUGUCCAAGGAUGUGCUGUACCCGUCACUGAAGGAGAUCACAGAAAAGUAUCCAGAAUGGUUGCAGACUCACCGAGAAUCUCUACCUCCAGAGCAGUUUGAAAAAUAUCAGGAACAACACAGUGUCAUGGGCAAAAUAUGUGAGCAGUUUGAGACAGAAACCCCCACAGAUAGUGAGGCCACUCAAAAGGCUCGUUUUGAGGUGGUGCUGGAUCUCAUGCAGCAGCUACAGGAUUUGGGCCAUCCUCCAAAAGAACUUGCUGGGGAGAUGCCUCCUGGCCUCAACUUUGACCUGGAUGCCCUCAAUCUCUUGGGCCCACCAGGUGCCAAUGGCGAACAGUGUCUGAUCAUGUGAAACACAACAUGCUUUCUUCCCUGAUUCCCAGCCGUGGGGGAACGUCUGGAGUCAGCAGAACCACUGGGAGCUGAGGCAGGAGUGUCGCCUACAGGAGUGGUCUGCCCACUGCCAUCUGCCAUCCCACCCAAGAUUGUGCCAUAUCAGCUGAGGCUUUUUCUCUGUACUUCUAGGAGUAAGGCCUGUUCUGCAGAUCAUUUCUGUGAACCCCUUCCAUUGUGGUUUCUGCUGCUAGCAAAGGCCCAGCUACCUACCAGGUGAAGGAAGGUGUCCCUUUGGGGGCAUGCACCUUCUUUCCUCUCCCAAAAUAAUGUUAUACAGGGCCACACUGAGUUCACUUUUGUACCCAGGGUCUUCGUGCCUUGUCUCUACUCCCUGUCUUGGACCUGGGGAGCAGGGACAGAGUCCUAGGACUCUAUAUUUCUAUAGUUCUCUUGGGCAGCACCUGUGGGAAUGAAUGGGGAGAAACUUAGCCUGGGCUGGGGGUUUAGGUCUGUCACCACACCCUCUUGCCUUCAGACUGUUCUGAAUUCUCUGAAGGGAAAGUAAGUGGGGGGGCUUUUGCAUCUAAAAAUAUUACUCUUUCACAGUAGGUUGAAAGAGAAGCCCUGGGAUUCUCCUCUCUCCAGGUACAGAGUCCUCAAUUCCCUGUUCCAGCCUGAGAACUCAAGUAGCUGCCCUGUUCUUUCUAUAAUGCUAUGUGAUCUGGGUGAACUCAGCCCUUGACCUUUCUUUACCCCCUGCCUCUCCUCUCAUCUCUCUAUUUUAAAUACCUCUUUAUUCCAACCCUUCUCUGAGCCCAAACUGUGACAAAGAAGGGCCCAUCCUGUUUCCCCUCAUCUAGUCCAUCCACCACCCUCACUGGCACCCCUAUCUCCCUGGCAAACAUAUAUAAUUAUAGUGUCAGGUCUAGGAAAUGAAUUACUGUUCUUCCCCAGAUACAUUUUGGCUUAUUUGAGACAUCUGAUUCCUUUGAAUCCUGUUCAUUGAUUCAGGGAGGUAGCUUGGGAAAGGUGGGGUGGGAUGCAGCCUGGGUCCUUUUUCCUGACUAAUAAAUAUUCUGAGUGAGGGAUUGUAGCCUGUUUUUCAUCCAAGUCUUUUCCUAAUCUUCCUCAGCUUCUCUAAGCUGCCGUGUGAGGAAUGUUAGCAUAACAUUGCAUCACUGGGUUCUACCACCACUUCCCUUCCCCAGCUCAGUCUGCACCUCAGUUGGCAAAGGAGACUGAAUGGCCAUCUUUCCUCAUUUUCUCUGAAUACUUCAAUUUGGGAAACCCUUCAACUGGUAUUGUAUUUUAACAUUUCACAGUAUUAUUAUUAAUGUUAGUAAUAUAUUGUUAACAUGCUUACUAAAUUAUUUUUCUUUGAGCUGACCUUGCUCUUCUCUGUGGGAACCAGUGAAUCUGUAGACCUUGGCUGCCACAUGUUGGUGGAUACUCUGGUCAGACCAGCUGGCUGUCCUGAUUCAGCACUCAGAAAAUAACUUGCAGAGCAAAUUUGUACUUAUCAUUUGUGGCACUUUGAGCUCGUGACAUGUCACUUUCCCUUGGGUUAAGACUUUUCACCCCUUAAGAUCCCACACAUUCUGUGGUAUUGGGGAGGAAGGAGAUGUUCUUAAGGCCUAAGGCUGUUUGGGAAGGUCCAGCUACUGUACCUUAGAGUACAGAAGAGCCCGGGUCUGAAUCUGAGACUCCUCUCCUCUGCAAGAGAUGGGAAAGUACAGACAGAGUUGUGAUGAUGGUCACAGGACGUGAAUGGCCAAAAUUCUCUCCUUAUAACUCUAGCCAAAAACUGGAUGAGGAAAGAGAAAAAGGAGGGAAGAACGAAAGGGCCUUGCACCUUGAACUAUGUGCCAGUUUUCCUUUACACAUUCUCACUUCUGCUGGCCUGGCCAGGGCUUACGCCAGGAACCUAAACAGAUGCCGCCUUAAGUUUUGUUCCCAGGCCAUUCAUUUUCAUUUUGAUUUUGAUUGAACAUGAACAAAUUGACCUCAGGUUACUCUCUGUUCCAAAAAUACUAUUUGAAUUAUUCUAGGACUUGUGGAAAGAUGGAGCGGUCCUUCUCAAACUGUGGUAAAGGACCAGGUUUUUUGUUUUAUAAGUAUCCUGUCCUUUGUCCACCAAUAUGUGUUCCAUAUGCGCAGUUCACACUGUGGGCUACCCACCACACAAGUUUGACAACACCAAAUUGACCAGACCUCUUCCGCAGGAUAAGGCCACUGAUCAUGCAUUUGGAUAUUAUAGCAGUCAAAGUGCUAGGGAAUUCCCUGGCAGUCCAGUGGUUAGGUCUCCGAGCUUCCACUGCAGGGGUCAUGGAUGGGUUCGAUCCCUGGUUGGGGAACUAAGAUCCCACAUGCCCCACGGCGUGGCCAAAUAAAUAAAUAAAUAACAAAAUGCUAAAAGGUUUCUGAACACAUUUAAUUUCUAACUCAUUCUUGUUGCAGACUGGUGAAAAACUGUUCACAGACCAGUACAAAUUUCCAACCACCUGAGUAGCACUGCUCUGGGGCCCUCCUCAGUCUCUCCACAGCUGCAUCAGCCAAAGGGAUACAUUUCUAUACUUGUUCCAUGUGAGGGUUGCUUCUACUGAACCUUUUCUUCAGCAAGAAUGUGUCACUGUAAGGACGUUUCUAGUAUUUUUCUAGCCUUCCUUUGCUGCUUAAAAUAACCAUCACAAAGCUUAGGUUUAAGCUGUAUGUUAAGUGUUUAUGCUGCUCUCAAACUUUAAAGGAAGUGCCCCUUUGUUCCAAAGCUCUGUACAUUAGAAAACAAAUUUGUGAUUGUUUGGAUGGUUUAAUUAAGAAGUUAGUACUGUGAUAAUCACGUUCCUAUGAUUCUGGAACAUCCUGGCAGGGGCCCCAUGAGGUGCUUAUGAUGUGCUGCUGAGAUGGCUUUUUGGGAGCUUGGGAGAAACGAUGGCCCACAGUAAAUGAAGUAGAGAUGACAGACCAUAUGAAAAAUGAUCAAAAGGCUUAGAGGAAGUAUGCAUGCAAAAAUGAAUGUAUAUUUCACUGGAAAACCCACCUGCUGACUCUGUUUCUCAGGAGGGCCUCAGGAAAAUUUUGUAUAAAGGAAAGGCACUAAUGAAAGGGUCACCAGCAUGUUUGAGAAGAAGUGGUUGUCUCUGUGGGUGGAGGCUGAUGGAAGAGGAUGUUUAAGAACUGGUUUCCCUGGUGGUGGUGGGGAUAAUAGGAUCCUAGCAUUUGUCCCUGAUAGCAGAGGCCAAAUGGCAACACUUAACUCUCAGAAGCAGGGUGGGUGAAUUUCUAUAAGGGUAACAUGGUCAAAGUGGAGGUGGCUAAUGGAACGUGGGUCGUCUUAGGGACCAUAUAGAUGGACAGUCAAGUAGGGUAUGAUUUACAUAUAAUUAAGAGUGACCAAGAAUGGUUGAACAGAAGGCUGAGGUCAGUAACUUCAAUGAAAAGUCACAAUUCCUUGCCUAGUUCAUAGGCCUGAGACAGUUCUCGGACUCAAUCUGUCAAUUGAAUGCACAAUUUACUUAGUUAACCGUACACUAGGGAAAGAAGACUACCCAAAAUUUUUGAGUUGGAAAACCAGGGAUACGGGGUCUGAGUUGACACUGAUACCAGGGACCCAGAGCACCAUCACGGUACCUCCCAUUCCUGCAUUCCCCCCGCCCCACCUCACGCCAAUUACAGUAGGAAAAUACAGGGUCAGAUAAUAAAUGGAGUGCUUGCCCAGGUCUGUCUCACAGUGGGUCCAAAAAUCCACUUUACAGUCAUUUUUCCAGUUUCCCUAGAUAAUCAGAAUGGACAUAUUUGGCAGUUGGCAGAGAGCCCAAGUAGAAGUCCCUGAAACUGCACCCGCACCUCUGCCAAAAUAGUAAAUAAAAAGUAAUAUUGCAUUCUGGGGGAAAUGGCAGCAAUUCGUUACACUCUUAAAAACUUAAAAGGGUGCAGGGGUGUUGGUCCCCAUCAUAUCCUCAUUUAGUUUCACCAUUCUGGUCCUUGCAAACAUUGGGUGGGAUGUAGUGGACUACAAUGGACUGCUGUAAACUUAAGCAAUUAGUAGUCCUGAUUGUAGUCCUGUGAUGGAUGUAUUUUCUUUUUUUUUUUUUUUUUUUUUGCAUUGUAACUUCCUAAUAUGACUUUAUACAUUUAUUCUGAGAAAUAGAAUAGAAAAGCAGCCACUGGCAAGCAGGAGCCGUUCUGGCCCUUACAACUAGGUCUCGAUAUUUUUCUGUUGAACACAACCAAUUUUACAUCAGACAAGCUUCAUCUCUGGCCUGUGUAGAUAACGAGACUCUUCACCUGCAAACACAGGUUGAGUCCACACUCAGUCUGAGAAAACAUCAGCUCUCUUUCCUGGUGUCAGGACUUAAGGAAGUUCAAGUUCUUGAUGUCUCAUCACAGGAAGAAUUCAGUGAGAGACAAAAUGAUAGGUAAAAAGUGGAUUUAUUUAGAGAAACACGCUCCACAAACAAGAGUGUGGGCCAUCUCAGAAGGCAAGAGGCCAGAUGUAUUUUCUUUACUGGAGAGUGACGCAGCCUCUAAUAUAUAUGUGGCUAUUAAUAUGUACCAUCUGGCCUUUUUUACAGAAAGUUUCUUGAUCUAGUGAAUAUAUUCUUUCAAUACUAAUCAGGAAGAAUCAGAAGCAGUUGGAGUCGCAAGUGAUGGGCAACAGUAUACGUUCACAGUUCUUUUUUAAAAAAUAUUUUAUUAUUUUUAUUUAUUUAUUUGGUUGUGCCAGGUCUUAGUUGUGGCAGGCGGGCUCCUUAGUUGUGGCUCGCCAGCUCCUUAGUUGUGGCAUGCAUGCGGGAUCUUGUUCCCCGACCAGGGAUCAAACCCGGGCGCCCUGCAUUGGGAGCUCGGAGUCUUAACCACUGCCACCAGGGAAGUCCCAGUCCCUAUGUUCACAGUUUUGAUCUAGAGCUAUGUUAAUUUUUCUCUCUUUCACAGUGUAGUCCAAAAGGACCUGGAUAUUCUGUAGAAUAUCACAUUUGUUUGCUUUAUUAAGCUUAUGCUACUCAGGUGUUAAGGAUAUGCUAAUCAGAUCUGAGGAACAAGCAGUGUCAAGUAUUCUGGAUUCCUUGGUGAGACACAUACACUCCAGAGGGUGAGAGAGAAAUUCUUCAAAAGAUGCAGGGCCCUGUCAUGUUGGUUAGGUUUUUAGGUGUCCAGUGAUCUGGAGCAUUCUGGGACAUCCUCUCUAGUAAAGAUAAGUUAUUGUAUCUUGUGUCUUUUACCAUAAGAAAGUAGCACGAUACUUUGGUAGGCAUAUUCCAGUUUUGGAGGCAGCAUAUUUUUGAACAAGAAAGGCCUCUACAGCAAGUCCAGCCUAUGAUGCAAGCAGUCCUGCUGCUUGGGCCAUAAGAACUGGAAAAUUCCAUGGUAACUAGAGGCAUCUGUGGUAGGAAAAUACGUGUGUGGAUUCUCUGGCAAUCCACAGUAGGAGAGUUCCAGCACAGACCUCUUGGGUUCUGGAGUAAGGUGGUGCUUCCUGCAGUAGAGAAAGUUUCACCAUUGCAAAGCAUCUCCUGGCAUACUGUUAGGUCCUGAUAGAGAUUCAGUGCCUAACCACAAAAUAUCAAGUGACUAUGUGACCAGUUGCCCAUAUAAACAGCCUGUUAUUGUCAGAUGUGCCAAAUCAUAAGAUUGGGUGGAUACAAUAGCAAUACAUAUUACAAUGGAAAUUGUACAGUUUGGAAGAAGCCCAAGCAAAUUUGGCACAAGUAAGUUAAAUUGAACAAAGGGCCCCGGGCCUCCAUAUUACCUACAUCUGUUGCACUAAUACCUUUCUCUUAGCUCAUGCCUAUGGCAACAUAAGAAUUCCUUCAACCAUUUGACAGAGGAGGAAGAAAUCCAGGUCUGGUUUGUGGAUGCUUUGGCUUGAUCAUGUUAGGGCAAGCCAAAUAUGGACUACUGCUUCUCAGCCGCCUCUUCCUGAGUGGUCCUGAAAGACAGUGAUGAGGGGAAAUUCUCUCAAUGGGUAGGGCUUUAGGCAAUUUACUUGACCAUCCGCUUUGGAGAGAGAAGUGGCCGGAGGCAAGGAUAUACAUGAACUCACAGUCAGUGGGCUGGUUGGUCAGAGGCCCAGAAGGAGCAAGAUAGGAAAAUGGGGUCUGGUGAAGAGCAUUUGGGUGGAUUUAUGAGAGUGGGACUUAUGAAAGUAUUCACCAGAAGGGUGCUAAAUAAUAACUAUGGAUAGGAUAAUUUAGUUAGGACAAUUUCAGCUAUCCCAGUUCUUGCACAGUGUGUUUAUAAAUAGAAUCACCACGGUGGCAGAGAUGGAGGCUGUUUUUUUUGCCUACUAACAUGGACUCUUCUCUUACCCAAGGCUGACUUAGCUCUGCUAUUUCUAAAUGUCCAUCUUGUCAGCAUCAAAGAACAAUGCUGAUCCCCUUGUUAAGUACCACUACUCAAGGAGAACAGCCUGCCAUUUGGUGGCAAGUUGGUUACAUCAAACCUUUUCCAUUCUGGAAAAGACACCAGUUUAUUCUGAUCAGGACUGAUAUAUAUUUUGCUUUGCUUAUAAGUGCCUGAGCCAGUACUACCAUCCAAGGACUCAGAGAUGUUUGAUUUACCAGCACUGGGUCCUACAUAAUAAUGCCUUGGAACAAGGUACCCACUUAAUGGCAAAGCAGGUACAGCAGCAGGCACAUGACAGUGGGAUCCACUGUUCCUACCAAAUACCUUAUCAUCCAGAAGCCUCUGACCUGGUACAGUAGUGAGAUGGCCUUUUGAAGGUGCAUUUGUGGUGCCAGCAAGAAUGGAGUGCUGUCCUUCACAAUACAGUAUAAACCUAUAUGACCAUAAUAGGGUGCUUUAUCCCCAAGAGGUAGAAUUCAUGGGCUCUGCAACCAAGGGGCGGAAAUAGGAGUGACCCUAUUCAACAUCACUUCCAGUGAUCCACUUGAGGAAUUUGUACUUCCUAGGAGUCCCUGCAACUUUAAAUUCUGUGGGUCUGGAGGUCCUGUUUCUCAGAGUGGGGAUGCUUCUACCAGGCACAGCAUAAGAAUCUCAAUAAACUUAAAGGUAUGGCUGUCAUCUGGUCACUCUGGGCUCCUAAUGUCAGCAAACUAUCAGGCAAAGAAAGAAGUUGCCAUAUUGUCUGGGAUAAUUAACUCUGUUAUGAGGAGGUAGGAUUUCUGCUACAUUAUGAAUGCAAGGAGGAAAGUGUUUGAUGCACAUGUGAUCCCUGGGUUAUCUUUUGGUCCUACUAUACUCAGUUUUAACUGUGAAUAAGUAAACAAUUAUGGCCUGAUAGGGCAUGAUCUCCAGGGGCCCAGAACCCUCAGGGAUGAAGGUCUGGAUCACCCCAUUAGGUAAGCCAUCUAGACUAACAGAAGUUGUAGUCAAGAGGGAGAUGAAUCUGGAAUGGGUGGCAUAGAAGGAAGGUGAUGAAUAUCAUUUGCAGUUUCUGGACCAACUGCAGCAACUCGUCUUGUGUUUCCAGAAAUUGUGACUAACUUGACUGCUGGAGAAACUGCGUAGAGAGAGUGAACUUAAUGUACAAAGCAAAUGGAUCUGAGCGGUGCUAGAGGUGAACUGUAGUAGCCACUGUUGGCACCCUGUCCAGAGCCCCUUUACCAGGAAGUGAGUGUCAGCUGCUAAUAGCUCACUGCUGCAUUUUCUUGAGAAUCACUCUCUGCCAACAGAACCAACUUCUGGAAACUCCUGGAAGGCUGUGCCUUCCCAGGGAUAACACCACAGCCAAUGGAAUGAUGUCAGUUUCUGCAAAGAAGUCAGAUGGGAUUCUGAUAGGGAUUGCAUUAUCAGUAAUGAUAAGUAAUCAGUAAUUGUGUUAUCAGCAAAUGAUACUGGGGUGCAAAAUUCCUUCUUGCUUUCCUCAAAGUGGGACAAAUGUGCCAUUUAUGUGCCAAGAGUUCCCAGUGGAGGCUAAACUUAUCUGCUGAACCCAUAUCUUUGCCUAACUUGCCCCCUCUCCUAUCUUGCUUCACUCACUCCAUUCCAGCUUUUACUUGAGAGCACUCCCUCAAUAAACCACUUGCACAGAAUUCCUUUCUUGGACUCUGCUUCUAGGGAAUCCAACCUAAGACAGGAGAAUAGUGGUGGCUACUAAGAGAUUUGAGUUUGACAGAAGGUAGAGCAAAGAGCAAAGGUGAGUUCAAUUUGGGAAUGUUAAGGUGCCAUUGGCUGGAACAGAAGGGAACAUCCUCAACCUGAUAAAGUGCAACUACAAAAAAUCUACAGCUAACAUCAUACUUAAAGAUCAGGAACAAUACAAGGAUAUCAGCUCUUCUAGUCAACAUUAUGCCAGAGGUUUUGGCCAGGACAAUUAGGCAAGAAAAAGAAAUAAAAGACAUUGCGAUUGGAAAGGGGAAAAAAAAUGAAACUGUAUUUGCAGAUGGCAUGAUAUAGGAAAUCCUAAGGAAGCCACUAAAAAGCUAUUAGAACUAAUGAGUUCAGCGAGGUUGCAGGACUUAAGUUCAAUAUACAGAAAUCAAUUAUAUUCCUAUGCGUUUGCAGUGAACAAUCCAAAAGUGAGACUAAGAAAACGUCCAUUCACAAAAGCAUCAAAAAGAAUACUUGGGGGAGGGGACUUCCCUGGUGGUCCAGUGGGUAAGACUCCACGCUCCCAAUGCAGGAGGCCCGGGUUCAAUCCUUGGUCAGGUAACUAGAUCCCACACGCGUGCCGCAACAAAACGUCCGCAUGCUGUAACAGAGUUCCCGUGCCAGAACUAAUGAUCCCGCAUGCCACAAGGAAGAUCCCACAUGCCACAACUAAGACCUGGCGCAGCCAAAAUUAAUUAAUUAAUUUUUUAAAAAUGGAAUACUUGGGAGAGGUAGAAUAGGAAGAGGGAGAAUAGGAAUACAUUUAACAAAAGAAGUGCAAAACUAUACUGUUAAAACUACAAAACAUUGUUGAAAGAAGGAAGAUGUAAAUAAAUGGAAAAACACCCCAUGUUCAUGGAGCACAAGACUUGCCAUUGUUAAAAUGUCCAUACAGGUCUUCCUCGACUUACGAUGGGAUUACGUUCUGAUAAACCCAUCAUAAAUUGAAAAUAUAUUAAGCCAAUACAUUUAAUACGCUCAACCUACCAAACAUUGUAGCUUAGCCUAGUCUACUUUAAACAUGCUAAGAACACUUACAUUAGCCUGCAGUUGGGCAAAACCAGCUAACACGAAGCCUGUUUUAUAAUAAGGUGUUGAAUAUCUCAUGUAAUUUAUUGAAUACUGUACUGAAAGUGAAAAAGAAUGGUUGCAAGUGUAUUGGUUGUUUACCCUCGUGAUCGCGUGGCUGACUGGGAGCUGUGGCUCACUGCUGCUGCCCAGCGUCAUGAGAGAGGAUCAUACUGCUAACCCAGGAAAAAGAUCAAAAGUCAAAAUACAGUUUUUACUGAAUGUUUAACAGUUACACACCACCAUAAAGUAAAAAAAAUGUAGGUCAAACUAUUGUCAGUUGGGGACUGUCUGUACUCCCUAUCUCCAUACUCAAUGCAAUUCUUAUCAGAACCCCAGCUGAAUUCUUUGUGGAAAUUGGCUAGCUAAUCCUAAAAUUCGUAUGGAAUCACAGUGGACUCAGGAUAAGAAAAUAAUCCUGAAAAAAGCAAUGGUAAUCAAAACAGUGUGGUGAUGGCACAUAGCUAGAAUAGACAUAGAUACCAGUGGAGUAUAAUUAAGAGUCCGGAAAUAAACCCAUACGUCUAUGGUCAACUGAGUUUUUACAAAGGUGCCAAAACCAACCAAUGAGGAAAGAAUAUUCUUUUCAACAAUUGUGCUGGGGCAACUAGGUAGCCACAUGGAAAAGAAUGAGUUCAAUCCUUACUUCACACCAUAGGCAAAAAUUAACUCAAAAUAAUUUAAACACCUAAAAGUAAUAACUAAAACCAUAACGAUCUUAGAAUAACACAUAGGGGUAAAGCCUUCAUAAUUCUGGAUUUGGCUAAGAAUUAUUAGAUAGGCCACCAAAAGCAUGAGCAACAAAAGAAAAAAAUAAAUAAAUUGGACCCCAUCAAAAUUUAAAAGUUUGUGCUUCAAGACACCAUCAAAAAAUUGCAAAGACAACCCAUAGAAUGGGACAAAAUAUUUGCAAAUCAUGUAACUGAUAAAGGAUUUGUAUCUAGAAUAUGUACUCUUAUAACUCCAUAAUAAAAAGACAAAUAACCCAAUUUAAAAAUGAGUAAAGGAUUUGAAUAGACAUUUCUCCAAAGAAGACAAAAACGUCCAAUAAACACAUGAAAAGAUGCUUGACAUUGGUAGUCAUCAGGGAAGUGCAAAUCAAAACCACAGUGAGAUACCGCUUCACACCCAUUAGGAUGUCUAGAGUCAAAAACUUAAAAAAACAUUGGUAAAAAUGGGGAGAAACUAGAACCUUUAUACACUGCUGGUGUGAAUGUAAAAUGGUACAACUGCUUUGAAAAGCAGUCUGUCAGCUCCUCAAGUGAUUAAACGUAGAGUUAACCAUAUGACCCAGCAAUUUCAUUCCUAAGUAUAUACCCAAGAGAAAUUAAAUGAAACUUAUGUCCACACAGAAACUUAUACAUAAACGUUUAUAGCAGCAUUUUUCAUAAUAGCUGAAAGGCAGAAACAACCCUAACGUCCAUCAACAGAUAAACGGAUGAACACAUACAAUGGAAUAAUAUUUGGGUAUGAAAAAGAAUGAAGUACUGAUACAUGCUGCAAAAUGAAUGAACUUUGAAAGCAUGCUAAGUGAAAUAAGCCCGUCACAAAAAGCCACAUACUAUAUGAUUCUAUUCAUAUGAAAGUCCAGAAUAGAGAGAUCCAUAGAGAGAAAGUAGAUCACUAGUUUCUUAGGGCUGGUGGGGGAUGGGAAAAUGGGGGGGUGAUACCUAAAGGGGACUGGGUUUCUUUUUGAGGUGAUGAAAAUGAUUGAAAAUUGACUGUGGUGAUGGUUGCACAUAUCUGUGAAUGUACCAAAAGCCAUUCAAUUGUACACUUUAAAUGGAUGAAUUGUAUGGUAUGUGAAUUUCAUCUCAAUAAAGCUGUUUUUUAUUUUUUAUUUAUUUUAUUUAUUUUCGGCUGCGUUGGGUCUUCGUUGCUGCACACUGGCUUUCUCUAGUUGUGGCGAGUAGGGGCUACUCUUCCUUGCGGUGCACGUUUCUCAUUGCGGAUUGCGGUGGCUUCUCUUGUUGCAGAGUACAGGCUCUAGGCGCGCGGGCUUCAGUAGUUGUGGCAUGCAGGCUCAGUAGUUGUGGCUCGCGGGCUCUAGAGUGCAGGCUCAGUAGUUGUGGCACAUGGGCUUAGUUGCUCCACAGCAUGUGGGAUCUUCCUGGACCAGGGCUCAAACCCGUGUCCCCUGCAAUGGCAGGCGGAUUCUUAACCACUGCGCCACCAGGGAAGUCCCCCAAAGCUGUUUUUUUAAAAGUGCCAUUGGCUAUCAGGUAUGUCAGUGUAAAGCUUGAAGGAGAAUCCUGAUUUGGAAAUAAAGGCGUAGGAGUCAUCAUUAUAUGGAUAGUAGUUUGGACUGUAAGAAUGGAUAAGAUCACUUUGGAAAAAAAUGUAGAAUGAAGAGGAAGAGAAUCUCAUGAAAUAAAUGGUCAGAGAGAUAUAAAUAGAACUAUGGAAUGUAGUGUCACAGAAAUCAGUGGGAUUGAAUAUCUAGAAGGGGUAAUGAUUAUCACAACCUCGAACGCAAUAGAAGGCCCAAAAUAAGAAAAAGAAGAUUUGGUAAUAGCAAUUGAUUUGGUGGUAAUAGCAUUGGUGUGUAUCAAAGCAGUGAGCACAGAAACCACACCACAGAGGGGGAGUCUUUUAUCUCCAUAGCUCCACUUUAGUCCCUCUUGUCAAGGUCUUAAAUAAUCUCCAUAUUUCCAAAUCCAGUGGUCAAUUUUCAGUUAUCUUAGCCUCAAACUCUUAAACAGGAAUGACAGUUUAUAGUGCCCUUCUUGAAACAUUUAAAAAUUUUGUUUUCUAAGAUCUCUUGUUCUCUUGGUUUUUAAAUUCUAUUUCCUUCUUGCUCCUUUUAAAUAAAUUUUGCUGGGUUUUCUGUCUGACCCCUACUAGUUGGUGUGCCUCAGGAUUAGAUGGCUCAGUCUAUAGACUGCUUCUCUUUUCUUCCACAUUAACUAAGUGAAUGUUCCCCAUCUAGUGCUUAUCUAUGCCAUUUAUACCUUAAUAGCUCCCCAAUUUAUACCACCAAUUGUCUCUUUUCCUAUGAGCUUCAGGUUCAUAUUUCAAUUGUUUACUCAGUAGCUCCAUUUGGAAAUCUAAUAGGCAUCUCCAGUUUAACCAGUUUAAGAUAGAACUGGACAUUUUCCGCCCAAAAUUCCUUCUGAACCCCCGCCCUCACCCUGAGCUCUUUGUCAGUAAAUGGCAUUACUAUUUGUCCUGUUGCUUAAGUCAAAAAACCUGAGAUAUCUCGACUCUUUCUCUUGUACCCCAUAUUCAAUCUAUUAGCAAAUCACCUCUGCCACCUUCAAAGUACAUCCUGAAUCCGACCACUUCCUACCACUUCAACUGCAGCAGUAGUCUUGCAGGUCUUCUGCAAUAGCUUCCUAACUGGUCUUUCAGCUUCUAUUUUGCCUCCCUGCUGGUAGUUCUCAAAGAAUCAACCAGAAUGAAUCUCUUCAUUUAUAAAUCAGAUCAUGUCACUCUUACUCAAAACCCUCCAUGGCUUUCUAGUACUCUUAGGAUAAAAUCCAAAGUCCCCUUCUCGGUCUAUAACUCCAUAAGUGAUCUGGCUCCCAUUGUUUCUCCAAACUAAUUUCCUACCUGCUCCUUUGCCACAUUAGCUUUCUUGCUGUUCUUUGAAUACACCAUACACUCAACCUUCAAGUCUUUUUACCUUACUGUUUCCUCUACCUGGAAGAUUCUUCCCCUAGUGUGUAUGACUUACUCUCUCAUUUCAAAUCUCUAUUUAAAUGUCACCUCAGCAGAGGGGACUUCCCUGAACCCCAUAUGUAGAAGAGCACACCUACUCAGGUUACCCUGCUUUAUUUUCCUUUACAGCAAUCUUCAUAAUUUAAUAUUGUCUGUGUGCCCCUCUCCUCCCCCUACACUCCCAACCCUUGUGCAAAUAAAUA